GUUGCUCCAGCUGGGAUGGGGUCACAUGCGAUGCACACAACGGCCACGUCAUUGGCUUAGACCUCAGCAAAAGCUGGCUUUGUGGGCCUCUCAAGUCUAACAGCAGCCUCUUCAGGUUGCGUCAUCUUCGAAAACUCAACCUUGCCCUCAACAACUUCUCUUCAUUCACCACAAUCCCAUCUGAGUUUGGGCAGCUUGUGAGGUUGACCCAUCUUAAUCUCUCUCGUUCCUUCUUACAUGGCCGAAUCCUGUCCGAAAUUUCAAGGCUCUCCAAUUUGGUUUCACUUGAUCUCUCUUUCAAUUAUUUUUAUUACUCUGUUGGUGCUGGCUAUUAUUAUCAUAAAAUUUUGAAUCUCAGAAGAAAUGAUCUGGAAGCACUUGUCCAGAACAUGACAUAUUUGAGAGAACUUCAUCUAGACUAUGUGAACAUCUCAUCGUCACUGCCUCAAUCCCUGGCAAAUUUGUCUUCCUUGACAUCUCUUUCUCUGUCUGAGUGCAUUUUGCUUGGCGAAUUUCCCUCAGAUAUUUUCCUACUGCCCAAGAUACAAGCCAUUGAUGUGUCAGGUAACUACAUUCUCACUGGUUUUCUUCCCAAUUUUCGAUCUGGUAGUUCCCUAAAGCAAUUGCGUCUUUCCUCCACGAAUUUUUCUGGGGAAUUGCUCGAUGCAAUCGGGAACCUUAAGUCCUUGAACUUUUUGGAUCUUUCUGGAACCAAUUUUCUUGGGGAAUUGCCCAAAUCAAUCGGCAACCUUAAAUCCUUGAAUCAUUUGGAUCUUUCUGGGGCAAAUUUUUCUGGGGAAUUGCCCAAUUCAAUCGGCAACCUUAAAUCCUUGAGUCAUUUGGAUCUUUCUGGGGCAAAUUUUCUUGGGGAAUUACCCAGUUCAAUCGGAAAGCUUGAGUCCUUGAAUACUUUAUAUCUUCGCUCAACAAAUUUUUCUGGGAAACUGCCCGAUUCAAUCGGCAAUCUCAACUCCUUGAAUUAUUUGGAACUUGAUUCAAGUAAAUUUUCAGGGGAAAUUCCCCCUUCUAUUGGGAACCUAUCACAGCUUACUUCUCUUUCUCUCUAUGGGAGCAAUUUUCAUGGCCAGCUUCCAUCCACAUUAGGAAAUAUUGCAAAACUCACUUCUCUAGAUCUUGGCAAUAGCCUUUUCUCUGGGAAAGUACCAUCUUCACUGGGAAAUCUUACACAACUAGAACAAUUACUCCUUUCAAAUAACAAUUUUGAAGGCAGGUUCCCAGUUUCACUAACAAACAUUACCAAACUCACUCAGAUAGAUAUAUCAGGAAACCAAUUGAAAGGGUCAAUCCCAUCGGAAAUAAGUAGACAUACUAAUUUGUCUUUCCUUGCCUUGUCUCAAAACUCACUCACAGGGGCUAUCCCCUCUGUUUUGUAUACAAUGCCUUCACUGUCUGUACUAUAUCUAGAUCAAAAUCAGCUUACUGGCCCUCUCCAAUUCCAAAAUAUCUCUUCAUCACAGUUAAAUUUCCUGGCAUUGAGUGGAAACAAAUUGGAUGGACCGGUUCCAAGGUCAAUUUCCAAUUUCACUAAGCUACAUAAGCUAUAUCUUUCUUCGAUCAACCUAAAGGACAAGAUGGAGUUAAACAUAUUCUUCCAGGUUAAAGAACUUCAACUUCUCGAUCUUUCAGGUAACAAUUUGUUGGUUUCAAAAGAAAAUAUCAAUUCAACCCACCCCAAAUUUUCAUAUUUGUAUUUGUCUUCUUGCAAUUUGCGUGAAUUCCCUGAUUUCCUAAAAGCCCAAAAUGAAUUAGAUACAUUAAACCUUUCCAACAACAAAAUUGAAGGUAAAAUACCCAAAUGGUUUUGUAAUGUUGGAAAAGGGACACUCCAAUCCCUGAAUCUUUCUUUUAACCUUCUCAGCGGUUUUGAACAACCGCUAAAAGUUCUUCCUUGGAAAUCUAUUUACAUUUUAGAUUUACGUUCCAACAUGUUGCAAGGGUCACUCCCAAUUCCCCCAUUGUCUACAUCAUAUUUUUUUGCCUCAAACAAUAAUCUAACCGGAAAAAUCCCUCAAAUGAUUUGCAACAUGAAUUCCCUCCAAGUCCUUGAUAUAUCUAACAACCGGUUGAAUGGUCACAUUCCACAAUGUUUUGGUCACUUCAGCAGCUUUCUUUCAGUAUUGAAUAUGAGGAACAAUUGCUUUCAAGGAAGCAUACCUAAAACAUUCAUAAAAGGAUGUACGUUGAUGACAUUGGACUUCAGUCACAACCAAAUACAGGGGAAGAUUCCACGAUCCUUAGUGCAAUGUCGAAUGCUGGACGUCCUAAAUCUUGGAAAUAACAACAUGAGUGAUGCAUUCCCCUUUUGGUUACAGUCUUUGCCAGAAUUACGGAUUCUUGUCUUGCAUGCAAAUCGAUUCCACGGCCCUAUUUGGAAUCCUCAUACCAGGUUUGGCUUUUCCAAGAUGCAUGUCAUCGACCUCUCUCACAACAAUUUCUCUGGUAAGCUACCUUCAGAAUACUUUAGAACUUGGAAUGCAAUGCAAAUGGUUCCUGCCAAAGAUAAAGCACAACCAGAAUACAUGAGAAUUCAAUCAAGUUAUUAUUAUGAAGACUCAAUGACAGUGGUGAAUAAGGGGAUAGAAAUAUUUUUGGUAAAGAUCUUGACCAUCUUCACAGCUAUUGAUCUCUCCAAUAAUAGGUUUGAUGGAGAAAUCCCGGAUACAAUGGGAAUGCUCAAGGAUUUAAUUGUACUCAACUUAUCAAGCAAUAGUUUCACUGGUCAUAUCCCAUCAUCCUGGGGAAAUCUAACCGAGCUUGAGUCAUUAGAUCUCUCUCGAAACAAGCUCUUAGGGGAAAUCCCUCAUCAACUUUUAAGUCUCACAUUUCUUGCAUAUUUGAACCUCUCUAAUAACCAACUUAUGGGUCUGAUUCCCCAAGGUGGACAAUUUUGGACAUUUGAUAAUUCCUCUUUUGAGGGGAACUUGGGAUUGUGUGGCCCUCCGUUGUCAAAGAAAUGUGGAUAUAGUGAAAUUCCAACUUUUGAACCAAGCAAGGAGUCAUCUUUUGGAGAGUGGUUCAAUUGGAAAGUGGUAGUGAUAGGAUAUGCUUGUGGGUUUGUAAUUGGACUGGUUACCGGGCAUGUCAUCAUAUCGAAGAGGCCAAAUUGGUUUGUGAGAACUUUUAGAGUGAACCUGUGAAGGCAAAGAUAAUUUGAGUAGACUCUUAGAGGGCCUAGAGGCACUUAAUGUGGAUUUAUAUUUUCUGUAUUAGCUGUAUUUCUACAAUAAGAUAAGCUUUAUUUCCCCCCAGAAAGAUAAGCUUGGCUGAACGUAAUAAAAUAACUCUUAUGGUAGUUUUGUUAUAUUUCUGCA